UUGAAUUGUUUGGAAAGAACAUGCAGCACUACGUAUGGUGUAAAAAGGACACCGCAUAUCAACAUGAAAACAUCAUCCCAACGGUGAAGUACGGUGGAGGAAGCAUCAUGAUUUGGGGCUGCUUCAGGGCCUGGACCGCUUGCCAUCAUUGAGGGAAAAAUUAAUUCCCAAGUUUAUCAAGAUAUUCUACAGGAUAAUGUCAGGGUGGCUGUGCGCCAGCUGAGGCUAAGUAGAAGUUGAGUGAUGCAGCAGGAAAAUGACCCUAAACAUAGAAGUAAAUCCACUACAGAAUGGCUUCAAAAAAACUUUUGGAGUGGCCCCGUCAGAGCCCAGACCUCAGCCCAAUAGAGAUGUUGUAGAAUGACCUCAAGAGAGCCGUUUACACCAGACAUCCUUAGAAUAUGGCUGAACUGAAGCAGUUCUGUAAGGAAGAAUGGUCCAAAAUUCCUUCUGAACAUUGUGCAGGUCUAAUCAGCAGCUACCAGAAAUGCUUGGUUGAGGUUAUUGCUGCCAAAGGAGGAUCGGCCAGUUAUUAAAUCCUAGGGUUCACUUACUUUUUUCACAUUUUAUGACCAAGUAAUGCAGAAAACCAGCUAAUUCUAAAGGGUUUACAUACUUUUUCUUGCCACUGUAUAUCAAUUCAGUGCAAGUCAAGGGGGUUCAACACUUCCAAGCUCCAAAAAGGACAUAAAGGUAGCCUAAUCCAUAUGACUCGAGUGGUUUAAUCCAUGUCUUCUAAAGUGAUACGAUUGUUUUUGGGUGAGAACAGACCAAAAUGUAUCUUCUUUUUCACUAUAAAUCAUGAUCAUGCUUGGUUAUGGGCAGAGUGUGUGACUUGCAUUGUAUGGAUAUAUUUACAUCAGAUCUCCAUUAAUAUAUCAUCGUUUGUGUUCUACAGAAGAAAGAAAGACAUAUGAGUUUUAACGUCAUAAGGGUGAGUAAAUAUUGAUAGAAUGUUUUUUUUUUUUUUUUUUGGUGAAUGUGGCAGCGGGGGCGUGGUCAAGCAUAUCUUCGGAGAGAGAGAAAGCGGUAAGGGCGCUUACACCUGAGCUAAAUUAUGUCUAACACCUGUCUCUAAUUUCAGUGAGCACGGGGAGAGCGGCAUAAAUAGAGCGACACAACACUUAGUCGAGAGAGAGACUGGAUACGACAGAGCCGAGCCAGAGCAAGGAUUUUCUAAUAGUGAGAGUUUAUUUGUGGAAGCAGUGUGUGUUAGUGUUUAGUUAGUGCAUAAAGGUAAACUGUAAAGUGGUGUCGAGGAAGAGGGGAAAUAAAGCCUCACCUGAAGAAGGAAAACUGCUUCUCGCGUCAUCUUUUACACUGGUGCUGAAACCCGGGAUUGAAGUUUGGGUCGAAGAUGGAUGGAGGUCGUCCCGUAGAGUCCUCCCAGUUGGCGGAGAUCCUCCAAGCCCUCGCCAGCCUACAUCAGAACCACCAACAAACGCUGCUUGAGCUCCGACAAGAUCAAGACCGCCGGUUUGUCGAGCUCAUGCAUGCUCAAGCCGAGGACCGGCAGGCGAUCCGGAGCCUCCUCAGCCAGGGGGCAUCCUCAGCUGCGACCCCGGACACACCCACGCCGUUACCCCCGCCAGCAUUACAGAAAAUGGGGGCAGCGGACGACCCCGAGGGCUUCCUGGAUUUGUUUGAGCGGACCGCCGAGAUCUGGGGCUGGCCGCUCGGCCAAUGGGCAGCCCGAUUGAUCCCACUAUUGUCCGGGGAAGCCCAGCUCACGGCUCAACAACUGCCAGCGUCGAGCCUCCUGGCCUACGGAGAUCUAAAAAAAGCCAUCUUGCAAUGGGUUGGUCGCACUCCGGAGGAAAGUUGUCAACUCUUCCGGAGCUUGAAGUUGGAAAGCUCCGACCGCCCGUUUGCCUCUGCCCAGCGGCUCCGUGACUCCUGCCGAAGAUGGCUGCUAGCGGGGGAUCGCGACGUCCAGGGAAUAUUCGACCAGGUGGUACUGGAACAGUUCACAGUUCGACUGCCAAAAGGGACGGCGGAGUGGGUCCAGUGCCACUGCCCGGCGUCGUUGGAAGAAGCUAUCCGACUUGCGGAGGACCACAUGGCGGCGAUCCCGAGGGUGGAAGAUCCCUCCUACGUUUUCUCUCCUCCCUCUGUUUCUUCCCCCUCCCCUCUCUCUCUCUCAUCUGCUCUCUCUCCAGGUCCUGUUCCUGCCCCACGCAGACGAGGAGGAACUCAGCCCCUGAGACCAGUUCCCCAGGUGUGGGAGGCGACACCUUCCCCUACUCCAAUGCCCCGCCGCUCUCCCCCUCGGGGGGGGGGCGCCCGCCGACGCAAGUGCGGGCGUAGCGCCUGGGCCGGCCUGCUGGAGGUGCAGAGACCCGAGCCACUUCCGAGAUCAGUGCCCUCUGAUGGAGCUGGGGACGGUGGUGCGGGUCUCUGACCUCCCACAGGCUGCCCCCGACCGGGCUGGAGCGUACCGGAUACCGUGAGCACAGGGACAGCGGCAUAAAUAGAGCGACACAACACUUAGUCGAGAGAGAGACUGGAUACAACAGAGCCGAGCCAGAGCAAGGAUUUUCUAAUAGUGAGAGUUUAUUUGUGGAAGCAGUGUGUGUUAGUGUUUA